GAUGGCAGUUUAGAUCGUCCUAACCAUGAUGAUAACACUGUAGCCCGGAUUUCAGUUAGCACAACUGCAGUUUCGACACGCUGCACUCUAACACGAGAUUCCGUAUCGGCAACGGGCCGGGACGGGGACUGAAGAAGGGCUUCCUCAGCGAUUCAGAAGCGCACUGCACGCUGUAGUCUUUGCAGAAGACCCCGGCGUUUGUCUUGUAAAACCGAAGUGAGCGCGACCAUUUGGAGUUAGACGAGCUGUAGAUCCAGCCGAUCAGUCUCGGCUGCCGCCCGCUCCCAGUCCAGGGCCUUUUCUGCGAUGUGAUGAAAGCAUGCGGCAAGGAAUUUUAGCGGCCGCGUUCAGGCCAGAGCAAAGUAUCAGUAGUCGUGUAGUGGGAAGAUGGAGACAACACCCGAGAAACUUAGGCCUAGGGUGUCGGGACUGCGUCUCGAGUGUGAACGAAUGCACCAGGCCGCCGGUUCUCGCCUAUUUCGAGCGCGGACGCUACAACAGUCAACAGUUCAGUUUACUUGGACGAUUUGUUCAGGCACGUGUUUUAGCCCAAGUGACAGUUACGAGGAAGAAGACCACCGAGUCUUUGCUGUUUUAUCGUCGACUGGGUGAACUUGUCCUUGAGUGGUUCCUGCUCGCGAGGGAGUUCGUUGGACGAGUGAAGAGCUUGUUUGUACCCAGUAUGCCGUAGUAACAUUAUAACUGAACAAUCUGUGCGAGGUACGUGCCUGGUGUGUCGGAUCCUGCAACUCCGCGUGGCAGUUCAAGUGGACAGCACUCGAUUCGUAAGCAUCGCUGUGAGUUUCCAAUAAUACGGUAAUACUAGCUACUGACUGUUACCUGUUACUGCGGCCUUGGUAGUUGGAGUGGUGCAAGAUUGGUGUGCUCCCGGACUCCCAACUGCGCACACACGUGCCAGAGGUGAUGCCGACACUAUACGGAACCAUGGCGAACUCCAGCGUGGGACCACGGUUAACCGUGGCCGGCAUGGGGUCGGCAUUCAGUGUAGAUAUUGCGGGCACCGGUAACAGCACGGUCACCGGCCCAGCCACCGACGACGGGCAGAUUGACUACUACGAUCGAGAUCGGCGCAUUGCACUCGGAGUGGUCAGCGCGUUCCUCGUCACCAUCAUGCUCCUCAGCGGCUUGGCCGUCGUCUACUAUUACGUGUUGCGACGAAGACGUCGACGCAAGGGAAAGGAUCGCCAUGACAACGAGUACCCACGACGACGCUUCAGCAUUCCGUACGGCAAGAAACCCAAACUGCCGCCCAAGCCGGCAAAGAAGAAAGCGACGACUCCAUUCAAAACCGCCUCGCGUCCUGCGCACACUAUUCACUACAGCCUGGUCCCGCCCAAGACCAAGAAACAUGUGCUGAACACGAAAUCGGAGACCGACAGUGCCACUGGCACUAAGGACACGUCGUCCCCCGUACCGCAUACUCAACCCCACCAGCAUGAGCAGCUGACCAAGGGCGUAACCAAAAGCUACCAGAGCACGUCGCUACGGCGAGUGACCGCCGUCACCCACGAGAGCAGCGGCAGUAGCAGUUACUAUGAGCCGCUCUCCACCGGACCGGGAACGAGGUCGAACAGCAUGGAUGAUCUGUUAGACGGUCCCCACCGUCGAUCGACAGAAUCACGACCCAAGACGUCCGACGACGUGUUCUCUGACGCUCCGUCGCGAUCAUCGCCGCCGAAGCCGCGCCGGGAAACCGCAGGCGAGGACGCAGCCCGCAACGAGAUGUGCCUGGCAAGCGAGCUCCUACUGACCAUGCAGGAAGAACAGGAGAUGAAGGCCGUCGCCAGCGACAACUCACCCAAGGGCCAAUCCCCCGGCACGUUCCCACCGCCACUGACCAAACGUCCAACCGGCCUGUCGGCUAUGUUGCCCAUGGGACUUGACUAUGACGAAGAUGCUCUACUGGAAACACUGCGAAAUCAACAGAAAGAGGGUGCCGGUUACGUAACAGACGAGGAGCUGAUCGAGAGCAGUGUUCACGGCACCAUACAGCUGAUAGUGCGCUUCGACACCAGUCGCGUGUUCCACGUCAUGGUCAAGUGCCUCAACGACUUGCAGAACAUCGGCGGAGGGGAGGCGGCACUGCCAAACGCGUUCGUCAAGAUCCGCCUGCUGCCCGACCGCAGUGCCAAGUGCAAGACGCGGGUGAUCAAGCGCUGCAACAACCCCAUCUACAAUGAAGAGUUCCUCUUUGCCGGCUACUCCAUGACGUUCUUGCAACGUGCAAAGCUGCAAAUACAGGUGUUUCAUUAUGAUCUGCUAUCUAAGAGGCAACUGAUCGGUGAGCUCUCCAUUUCACUUCGUCAUCUCAACCUGCCCAAGGGAGUGACACUCUGGAGAGGUCUCAAUGAGCCACGGCGUGAGGAACGGGCUGCCUGAUUGCACAGAGGAUGCUGUGUGAGGGUCGAUCUGGCUUCUUGCAUAUUCUGUUGAAGCUGGAUUGCUUGGGGUGUGCAUGGGUGUAUAGAGAGCAAGAGAGUCAGACGCAGACUCUGUGUGUCCGUAUACAACAGUGGGUGUGAGGGUACUUUUGUUUUGGGUGUGUGUAUGUGUGUGUGUGUGUGUGUACGUGCAUGUGUGUGUGUAUGCGUGCGUGUGUGUGUAUGUGCGUGCGUGCGUGCGUGCAUGGGUGAAUGUAUGCGUCAGCACAGGUAUAUCUGUCCCAAAGACUCUAUUCUUCAUGUUCUGUCUGUGCAUUUCCAAUUUUAUAUCGACAGUAUCCACGAUAUUUGACUGUGCACAAGUGAACUAAAGUUGCAGAAAGUAACAAUCGCUCUAAUACGGUGUGACUGUUUGAUCGAAAAUCUGCAGUACGUUUUCCCUUGCGCUCAUGGUACCAUAAACAUCAGAAGUUUCUUUUGUGUUGCACGGAGAACCAAAGCUUUUGUUGGAUUUCAUUUCUUCAUUCUACUUGGUACGAAGUACCUUUUUCCGCAGCCUUCUGGCUUGUGUAUUUGCGACUACUCAACUGCCAAUAAAAGCUGCUCUGCUGUUCUCUUACAAAAACCGAUUCUACAACCAUGUAAUUAUCACUUAUCUCCGAAUCCAACAUGGCAUAGAAGUGGUCUACUCUCACUAUAAAGCUUAUACGAAUCCAGCCUAAUGGCGGUGAAACUAA